AUGGCGGACCCGUUUGAGAAUAAUAUGAACUGUCGAGCGAAUAUAAUAUACUUUGUCGAGCAUCUCUGCGACAUGGCUACUAAAGAAAAUCACCUUGAAUUCGUUCGGAUGAUACAGCGCGAUAUACUGCGAAUCGUCGACGCCGUUGCGCCGGCAGACGGCUCCGGCGCUGCGAAUGUCAAGCACGUUCGACGGGUGUUGAACGGGCUACAGUCGAAGGAAAUUCUCGCUACGGAGACCGUGUCGGAAAUAGAUGCCUGCCUUCGCGAACGAGAAAGCUACCCGGCGCAUUUCCUUGAUUUAGAAAUGGCGGAAGGCGAUUCAGGUUUAGGGGAUAUAACGAAGCCAGAAGGAAUAUCUGUCGACAAGAGGCAGAUUGAGCAGAGGAUCGAAGAGGAUCGAGAAAGAAAUAAGCGACUACGUGAGAAUAUGUGGGCUGUUCCACCCAGUGAUAUGAAAGAGUUUGAGAUGAUGUGGGAAGAUGUGAGCGAUAUUGGCGAAGACGAUUAUCUCCAAGCUGCCGAGGAGGCCGAGGAAAGAAGGAGGGCAGGGGAAGCUUCAGGUCUUGUGGAUUAG